AUGGCUGUCAAGGGGCCGGUCCGGAUAUCGCAAAAGAUCAUUGUACCAUUGUGCAUGGUCAUGAUAACAGCAGCUCUUCUGGCCUUCUUUGAGCGGCUUCCAGUGCGAGGUCCGAAGGCGAGGGUCUUUACCACCAGUCGCAUGCCGACGGGCGAGCACUUCUUCACCUACCGCCAACGCACGGCGCCGAUGUGGGCGUACCGCAGCCUGCACGCCGUCCCGGCCAUCAUCUGGAGCGUCGGCAUGCCCCUCCAACACGUCGACAGCCUCCGCAGGAAAUGGCCCGCCCUGCACCGCUCCGCCGGCUACGUCCUCCUCUCCAUCUCCCUCCUCCUCAGCAUCACCGGGGCCUGGCUCUUCAUCGCCAAGCACGCCUACUCCCACGAGAACCUGCUCCACCUGCACAACCUCAACGGUCUGUCGCCCGUGCCGUGGCCGACGUUCGAGGUGACCACUUGGCUCGUGGUGCCCUUCUACUGGCUUACCAUGUACAAGACAGCUGCGACAGCGCGGGCGAGGGACUUUGCGCGCCACCGCAGGUGGGCUGUCAUGCACACCAUCUGGGCCUCCGUCAUCUCCAUCGAGAGGGCCAGCCUCAUCCUGCUGUACGCUGUCGGGGUCGCCAUGGCGCUGCUCCCUCAAGCGGUCGUCCACGACUUCUUCGGCGUGGGGUAUACGGUGGAGGAGAUGGCCGAGGCGGAGCUCAGCGUCUUUGCGUUUGCCAACAUAAUCGCCUUAGCCACCGCGCUCCUCUGGCUCCGUUAUGAGUUCGGGCGCGCGGGGGGCUCUGAGACCGCUGGAGAGAAGGCCCCGGUACCGGCGGAGAACAAGCGCGUCAAGAAGGGGAAGUAG